GAGCGGAAUGCCGAGAACGCCAUCGAGGCUCUGAAGGAAUACGAGCCCGAGAUGGGCAAAGUUUACCGCAGCGACCGCAAAGCCGUGCAGAGGAUCAAGGCCAGGGACCUCGUGCCGGGGGACAUCGCCGAGGUGGCAGUUGGGGACAAGGUCCCGGCCGACAUCCGGAUCAUCUCCAUCAAAUCCACCACGCUGCGGGUGGACCAGUCCAUCCUUACUGGGGAGUCGGUGUCGGUGAUCAAACACACGGAGCCGGUGCCCGACCCCCGGGCGGUCAACCAGGACAAGAAGAACAUGCUGUUCUCGGGCACCAACAUCGGCGCCGGCAAAGCCGUCGGCAUCGUGGUGGCCACCGGCGUCAACACCGAGAUCGGCAAAAUCCGCGACGAGAUGGCGGCCACCGAGCAGGACAAGACGCCGCUGCAGCAGAAGCUGGACGAGUUUGGGGAGCAGUUGUCCAAGGUCAUCUCCCUCAUCUGCGUGGCCGUCUGGGCCAUCAACAUCGGCCACUUCAACGACCCCGUCCACGGCGGCUCCUGGAUCCGCGGGGCCAUCUACUACUUCAAGAUCGCCGUGGCGCUGGCGGUGGCGGCCAUUCCUGAGGGUAUCUCGAGGGGGUUGGAGGUGGUUAUGGGGUUUGGAGAAGGUUCCAGGUGGUUUGGAGAAGGUUUGAGAUGGUUUGGAGAAGGUUUGGGGGUUUUGGAGAAGGUUCCAGGUGGUUUGGAGAAGGUUGGAGGUGGUUAUGGAGGUUUGGAGAAGGUUGGAGGUGGUUCCUGGAUCCGCGGGGCCAUCUACUACUUCAAGAUCGCCGUGGCGCUGGCGGUGGCGGCCAUUCCUGAGGGUCUCCCCGCGGUCAUCACCACCUGCCUGGCCCUGGGCACUCGUCGCAUGGCCAAGAAGAACGCCAUCGUCCGCAGCUUGCCCUCGGUGGAGACCCUGGGCUGCACCUCGGUCAUCUGCUCCGACAAGACCGGCACGCUGACCACCAACCAGAUGUCCGUCUGCAAGAUGUUCAUCAUGGACAAGGUGGAGGGCGACGUCUGCUCCCUCAACGAGUUCUCCAUCACCGGCUCCACCUACGCCCCAGAAGGAGAAGUGUUGAAGCAGGACCGGCCGGUCAAGGCUGGUCAAUACGAUGGUCUGGUGGAACUGGCCACCAUCUGCGCCCUCUGCAACGACUCCUCGCUGGACUACAACGAGUCCAAAGGUGUCUACGAGAAGGUCGGCGAGGCCACCGAGACGGCGUUGACCUGCCUGGUGGAGAAGAUGAACGUCUUCAACACCGACGUCAGGAGCCUCUCCAAGGUGGAACGCGCCAACGCCUGCAACGCCGUCAUCAAGCAGCUGAUGAAGAAGGAGUUCACGCUGGAGUUCUCCAGGGACAGGAAGUCCAUGUCGGUCUUCUGCUCCCCGGCCAAGGCCUCCAGAGCCGCCGUGGGCAACAAGAUGUUCGUCAAGGGUGCCCCCGAGGGCGUCAUCGACCGCUGCAACUACAUCCGCGUGGGGACCACCAGGGUUCCUCUGACCCCGGCGGUCAAGGAGAAGAUCCAGAGCGUCAUCAAGGAGUGGGGGACGGGCAGGGACACCUUGCGCUGCCUGGCCUUGGCCACCAGGGACACCCCACCCAAGAAGGAGGACAUGGUCCUGGAGGACUCCUCCAAGUUCUCCGAGUAUGAGACCGACCUGACCUUCGUGGGCUGCGUGGGGAUGUUGGACCCACCACGCAAGGAGGUCAUGGGCUCCAUCCGCCUGUGCCGCGACGCCGGCAUCCGCGUCAUCAUGAUCACGGGGGACAACAAGGGCACGGCCAUCGCCAUCUGCCGCCGCAUCGGCAUCUUCGGCGAGGACGAGGAGGUCUCCGGUCGCGCCUACACCGGCCGGGAGUUCGAUGACCUCCCGUUGUCCGAGCAGCGAGAAGCUUGUCGCCGGGCCUGCUGCUUCGCCCGGGUGGAGCCCACCCACAAGUCCAAGAUCGUGGAGUUCCUGCAGUCCUUCGAUGAGAUUACGGCCAUGACCGGCGACGGCGUCAACGACGCUCCGGCCCUGAAGAAGGCCGAGAUCGGCAUCGCCAUGGGCUCGGGAACCGCGGUGGCCAAGACGGCCUCGGAGAUGGUCCUGGCCGAUGACAACUUCUCCACCAUCGUGGCGGCGGUGGAGGAGGGCAGGGCCAUCUACAACAACAUGAAGCAGUUCAUCCGUUACCUCAUCUCCUCCAACGUGGGCGAGGUGGUCUGCAUUUUCCUGACGGCCGCCCUGGGCCUGCCCGAGGCUCUGAUCCCGGUGCAGCUGCUCUGGGUCAACCUGGUCACCGAUGGUCUCCCGGCCACCGCCCUGGGCUUCAACCCCCCGGACCUGGACAUCAUGGACAAACCUCCUCGGAGCCCCAAGGAGCCGCUCAUCUCCGGCUGGCUCUUCUUCCGCUACCUGGCCAUCGGUGGUUACGUCGGGGCCGCCACGGUGGGAGCGGCCGCCUGGUGGUUCCUCUUCGCUGAGGAUGGACCCAACGUCAGCUACCACCAGCUGACCCAUUUCAUGCAGUGCUCCGAGCACAACGUGGAGUUCGAGGGGUUGGACUGUGACAUCUUCGAGUCUCCGGUGCCGAUGACGAUGGCGCUGUCGGUGCUGGUGACCAUCGAGAUGUGCAACGCCCUCAACAGCCUGUCGGAGAACCAGUCGCUGGCGCGGAUGCCACCAUGGGUGAACAUCUGGCUGAUGGGCUCCAUCUGCCUGUCCAUGUCCCUGCACUUCGUCAUCCUCUACAUCGACCCCCUGCCCAUGAUCUUCAAGCUGACGCCGCUGACGCUGACCCAUUGGCUGAUGGUCAUCAAGAUCUCCUUCCCGGUCAUUCUGCUGGACGAGGCCCUCAAGUUCAUCGCCAGGAACUACCUGGAGGCGUGACCCCGCCCGGCCCCGGCACCGCCCACAGUGGACGAGGCCACCCGGAAGCACCGGAAG